CGAGAUCUGACCUCAACUUAUGUAAACCGGUAAACCGCAUCAACCAUCAACUCCUAAAAGUCGGGCAUUGGGUUCUUUGACCCGCUCUCCAUUUCCUAUCCAUGCAAUUUUGAUAUGCUAUGGCCGUCUUCGUCGUCUUCGUGGUACUGCACCUCGAUAGACAUCAUUCAUCUUCUGAUGUUAUAACAUAACCUAGGUCCUAACCAACUUCGCAAUGACGACCCCUGCUUCCCCCCCUCUCGCGACUGUCGUGCCAGCCCAGCUGGGCUUCCUGGCAAUCUUCAAUCCCUCCCUGGGCACCACCGACGAAACAAUGGACGACCAGAUAGUCUACUAUGCAUCCGUGAAUACCCAGUUUAAGAAGCGACGGCACCGCUCGCGUGGUAAACCUACCGAUAGCAUCUCCCAAGAUGAGCGCAACGAGCGGCUGAGGCAGAUUGGUUUGGCACAAGGUAUGGUCGAGUUCAGCCGUGGGUUUGCCGAUGGCCAGCCAGUCGAUACGAUAGAAACAGAGAAGAGUCGCGUCGUGCUGCAUGAGCUGGAGUCAGGUUGGUGGAUAUUAGCCUCUAUUGAUUUGACAAGAUUACCCCUACCACCAAGGCUCGGAACUCCCUCUUCAAACCAGACAAGCGAUCCGUCUGAAAAUGUUGAAUAUUCGUCUCGGGAAGUCAAGCCAGCUGUUCUGCUAAUGCAAGAUCUCCUCCGCGCCCAUUCAAUCUUCUUGCUGCACCAUGCUGCGUCCCUGAGCGCCUUAUUCGUUCGAUUGAGACGACCCAAAUUCGUUAGCAUAUUAGGUCGAUACUGGGAUCUGUUUCUGUCUACUUGGGAUGUCAUGUUACACGGUAACCCCACCACCAGCGUAUUUGGUGGCAUCAAGAUCGCUGCUUGUGGCGAGCUUGGCGUCGGUGUUGGAGAGGAGGAACGCGGAAGCGGCGAAAGAGAGGUCCUUGAGGGUUUUGUCGAUAGAACCGAAGGCUUAAUUGACUUAGUCGUAUCCAAGUUCGGUCCCUCGGAGUCCGAUAUGGACGAGGGUUCUAAAGGGGACGAACAAUCGGCUUCGAAAUGGCUCGGUACCGGAGAAGAGCCGGGCGCGGAGGAUGGUGCUAUUUUCCUAGGUAUAGGGGCUCUAUCAAGGAAAUCAGUGCGUGAUGUUGCCUACUGGAUGGAAGACCUCUACAUGUGGGGUGAAGACGCGUAUGGAGUUAGAGAUAGCCCGUCUUCAACACGCCAAGCCAAGAAAUCUAAGAAAUCCACCCCGACAAGCACUAAAACUAUCACUGGAAAAUCUACAGUUGCUUCAGAGCCGAAUAACGCGACUAAUUCAAACCCCCAGAGCGCACAAAAGAAACCUACGAAUACAAGAGAACCAGACACAGCAACACCCCAAACCACCGAAGAAGCGGACGACGGGGGUGGGGUCAACCGAUUUAUGAGUUACCUUAAGAUGGGUUAUGGUACUCACUGGACACUGGGCGGCUCUAGUGGAGGAGAUAGUACAGAGCACGAGGGAACGAUACCCGGAGAAAUGUCUAGGGAUAAGACGCUUAGUGAUCCCCACCGACCACCAAAGGCUCUCAGUGUGAAUUCGGGCUAUUAUCUCAUAGGACUUCUCGGCAAUGUCGAGGAAGCCGGUGAUAUCGAGCAUGACGAGAAUAUAGAGCAAUCUGAUGGUCCGUCCGAAGACGUUGAGUAUAACUCUAGGAUCUUACUUCGAACCCUUACUGUGGAGCUAGAAAAUGCAAAACGCCCCGAAGCUGAGAUAACGCGAGAUUUUGGAAACCAAGACCGUGAGCGAUCGACGACAGCAGAGCCUGGCCGAGGUUCUCAAGAAGCGACUUCUCUUUUUGAUAAUCAGGAUCUUAACAAAUCGCAAAAGGUGCGCAUAGUAGUGUACGUGAAUAAGCCAUUCAUUUAUACAUUCCUAUUCCGAAAUAGGACCGACUCCCUAGCCUGGAGCGAGCUGUAUAGGUCAUUGCACUAUCAGCUUGCACCGCUUCGGAAACCCUUGGCGACGUCUACGGCCUACCGCCCCGGAAGACCGGAUAUUGGACCAGUAAGCUCUCAUAUCUUUGACCUUAUAUGGGAUCCAGAAGCCAUGACGAUCCAUUCCACCAUCCCUAGCAUACCCACGCCGGUUCAAAUGGUACAAAAUACGCAGCCAGUUUGGUCUCGGAUAGAAGCGGUAAAUACUCAUAAUCAAAUACUCAACACAUAUAUCACAACGUCAACAGAUCCGUCUGAAUUGGAACGCACUUGCAAGACAAGUCGUGGUUGGUGGAUUGUCUGGACGCGCAUACUUGAGCAAGACGGUGCCCGAACCCCGGUACAGCCGCCAGACUCUUCAGACGCGAGCCAGAUCCCCAACCUACAGCACAGCGAAUCAACAGAGAGUAUUAAUUCUCAGGGUCAGCCCAGGAGCACCCGGUCUAGGGGCAAGGUUAGCAAAGAGAUAUUCCUCAUCCGUCGAGCGGGCGAGCAUACGAGGCUUAGGGGGCUAAGCAGCUCAUACGCAGAAGGAGGUGGUUGGGCAGAUGGAGCUAGUCGGCUCGCCCAAGGCAUUGGUGUGGACACGAAGAGAUAUAUCGAGGGGCUACUAAGCCUGGGCCGAUAAAAUCUUGUGGUUUGCGGCGUUCGAUCUUGGAUUAGGUACUGGCGGGACGGCUAUAGCUAUAAAUGGGACAGAAGCAUUAGAGUCCCCCAGGAUACCCAGCAAGUUGCUACGGAGCAUUUUCAGGGGCGUCUCCUUCGGUUAACAUGUUCAUCUGCCUGGCGUAUAUAAAUUAAGGAUAAAAAAUUAAGGAUAAAGGUAAAAUUGAUGGAGAUAUGAAUAUACGCACUGAUAAUAGCAAGCUUAGCUUUGGCCAUAAAUAGAUAGAUGAUAGGG